CUUAACUACACAACUGAAAGUUUUACUAGUCACAAGAAUGAGUAUACGUACGAGUUCAAGACUCUUUCUGAGUACUAUUAGCAGAUCCAAACCUGUUUCUAUAGUAAAUGGUAAAUCAAAACCAUUGAAGUUUACCGACUUAAAGACCAUUAAAUUAAGAGAACCAAUUAUACCAACAAAAAAGAAUUUUGAUGUUUCUUCAGAACAUCCUUUAUGGCAAUUUUUUGCAAAUGGAAGUAAUACUACUGAAUCUACACGUUCCUUUAAUGAUAUGUCUCAUGGACGUGAAUGGAGUUUAGCUGAAUUACGUCGGAAAUCAUUUGAAGAUUUACAUAAAUUAUGGUAUAUAGUCUUGAAAGAACGUAAUGUUUUAGCAAGAGAAGCAGUAGCUGUUAAUGGACCAUAUGAAAGAUCAAGAAAUGCACAAUUUGAUGCAGUUGAUCAAAAGCUUCUUAAUACUCAUAAGAGAAUAAAAGAAGUCUUAUUAGAAAGACAAGUAGCAUAUGAAAGAGUUCAAACUUUAGGUGAUAAACAACAAGAAUAUCUUAAUGAUUUUGCUGAAAGAUAUAUAAAUUCUAGUAAUGAUGAUAUAUCAUUAUUUAAUGAAAAAUUGGUCAGACUUCAAUAUGCAUUCUUUGGUAUUCAACCUAGUCUAGAUGAUUAUGAUUUAAAGGAAGAUAUUAAUGUUAAAUUUGUUGAAGGUAUAAAUUAUAUUGCCAAUUUAAAGAUUUCUAGAUACUUCAAACAAAAUCCAGAAGCAAAAGAAUCAUUUGGUGAAUUAAAUGGAGUUAAAGAAGAAUUACCUUUCUUAUUAUAUGAUAUUGAUACAGCUAUUCAACAAGUUAAAGACUUAAGAGCUUCUAAUGAAUCAAUUAAAUUAGAUAAGAUCGAUGUCUUACCAUACCUUAAAUCAACCAUUAGUACUUUCAUUGAAAAUGAACAACAAUGAUGUAAUCUCUUUCUGCAUAUAGACACAACCUUUCCAUACUGUACAUAUAUAAAUAUUAUAAAUAUUAUCUAUAUUAUCUAUAAAUUGAUAGUAAAGU